CAGAGGCGCCCUGUCUCCACCGUCGUGCUGUUAGCAUCAGCAGGCUAACAGGCGAGACAAUACUGACUUCUGCUCCUCACAUUUUCUGCUAUUUUUUGCCAUGUUUGUCGCUUGAAUUGUAAGAGAAUAAGCCAAAAGACAACGCCAAGCCCUCAUCAAUGAUGCAGUUCAUGCUGUUGUUUAGCCGUCAGGGGAAACUGCGCUUACAGAAAUGGUAUGUGCCUCUGUCCGACAAAGAACGGAAGAAGAUCUCCAGGGAUCUGGUCCAGACCAUUUUGGCCCGAAAACCCAAAAUGUGCAGUUUUCUGGAGUGGAGGGACCUCAAAAUUGUCUACAAGAGAUAUGCAAGUUUGUAUUUCUGCUGCGCUGUUGAAGAUCAGGACAAUGAGCUGAUCACCCUGGAGAUCAUUCACAGAUAUGUGGAGCUGCUGGACAAAUACUUUGGCAGUGUUUGUGAGCUGGACAUUAUUUUCAAUUUUGAGAAAGCCUACUUUAUCCUGGACGAGUUCCUGUUGGGAGGAGAGGCUCAGGAGACGUCCAAGAAGAAUGUGCUAAAGGCAAUCGAACAGGCCGAUCUGCUGCAAGAGGAAGCUGAGGCCCCACGCAGCGUGUUGGAGGAGAUUGGCCUGACAUAAACCAUCAGUAUAAAAUCAUAUCUCACGUCCCCCACAUUUCCCCCAUUUUCUCGUCAAGUGUUGUGAAUAUUUUGAUCAUCGCCGUACUGUAUAUUCUGUACUGUGUUCCCAAUCCCCUGUGAUGUCUUUUGCUGUGGUGCCAAUUGUGGUUUUGUUGUCUUUUCUGUGUAAAAACUAAAACCUUUCUCUCUAUGACUAAGCAGCACAAUUAGCCAAGUUCCCAUUAAACUCCAUAUACAGUAUUUGUGAUUCUCAAACUGUUCAGAACAAGCUCCAUUUGAUAGUGAUGGGCAAAACCAGGGAUUAUUGUUUUUGAUUCAAUACAAGUAAUACUAUGGCAAGUAUUGCAGUAUUGCUCUGAUAGAGAUACCAUUGAUUUUUGCAUUAAAAUCCUUUGAAACUCCUCUAUUAAGACAAAUUAAACUAUUACAGAUCAUUAUUUUUGCUCCAGUCUUGCUUGAACUGUUCUAAAAAUCAAAUAUGUGCAGAUAAACAAUAUAUAAAUAAUGUAUUACAGGAAAAAAUGAAAUGCAUCUAUUUUGCACAAGAAUGGAUGCUUUUAAUAACUUUUGGUGUUCAUCCACCCAUCACAAUCAUUUGGCUUUAGCAUCUGAAGUAAAAUGUGAGUUCAAAUAGGACUAAACCAGGACUAACUAAGGUAAAAAGCUUAACCAAAUCAAUUCCAGGUUUGAAUUGUCUUCAAACUGAGACAGGUAAGCUCUGAUUGUGUUUGAGUCUAACAAAUAUAAAAAUUGGCAAAAUUACAGCCAAUUCAAAACUUGGACUAAACUUUAACUAAAACAACACAAAUCUUAACAUAAACCUGGCCUAAUCAUUACUAGUCCAGAACUAAGACCAAACCACAACUAAAACUAAGUCUGAACUUCACAUAAAGGGCCACCGAUGGUACUUGUACUGCAGUUUGAGAACCACCACCAUAGUUGACAAUGUAGCAACAACACUCUUGGAUUUGUGAAAUUUUAUGGCCUAAAAGGUGCUACUUAAAUUUUUAUAUAAACUAGCAACUAAGAUUUAUUUAGAUUUCAUUUAGACAUAGCACCCACAAUCAAAUCUAAGUGUAGUUAGCAUGUCCCCUUUAAACAGUAUUAAUUGUAGUAUUCUUUUUGCCUAACUGUAGCUAAUGUCUUGUAUUAUUCUUGUUCCUGAAUUGUCUUAAUUGGCCUGUUGAAAGUCUCAGGUCACAUCCCAAAUGCCCAUAGCUUUAUGAAGGAGAGAAUAAAUAUAUUAAAACACAA